AUGGAGGAGGCUUUCAAACGGCCCCAAGAUUUAAAAAAACAUCAUAAGAUUCACUGUGAAAGUCAUAGGGAACAGUUAAUUUCAAUGAAACAUCACCGAAUCGUUAAAAGACUUUUAGGUCCUCUUACUUAUCAUCCUUAUCUUCCAACUUCAAACCUUUUUCGUGCGGAACGUAACAAUUAUCCUUAUCCAUCUUGCCAUCCUAAAAUUUCUAAUGCUCCUCCAGUAAAUCAUCUAGAGCCUCCAUCAAACUUAACUUACAUAAAGCAUUAUGAAAUACCUUACCAACCAGAUACAAUAAGAGCAUAUAUUCCUAAUUCCAUGAAUAUGUUGGAAGCCUGGAGAGACAAGAGGACCAACGAAAGAUUACCUUCAAUUUCUUCGAUUAUUGACUCUACAUUCCUAUCUCCUUCAAAGGAAUUUUCUCUUAGAAAUUAG